AUGACUGGACCUUUCAGAUCGACCAUUCAACGGCUGCUCACACUGGCGCUGGUAGCGCUGUGCCCCACGUUUCUUCAGCCUUGGGGGACUUUGAGGCCGCGAACCCAACUCCGCGCGGCACAGCUGGAAUACUUUGAGGUAUACACCAAGGAUGAGUUCCUGAAGCUCUUGCAAGAGCGACCGACUGAGCAGCGCUCUGUUGGGGAGCAGGAGAAGAUUGAACGAGUCCUAGCUACAGAUGUGGCGCUUAUUGUGCAGAAGCACACCUUUCCCAUCUCAACGCGGUCAGGAAUGGUGAGCUUUCUGGAAGCCAAGAACCCAACUGCUCGAGCUGCAGAGUCCAUGUUGCUCGUGGGUCGAUGGCAGCUGGCCUUUUGUGGAGUCAACCGGGGCCUAAAGGUCCAGCCAGUGCUUGAUGCUUUGAAGGAAGAAUCGUUGCCUAAGACCUCAGAGAUUCAAUCCGUGAGCUUGGAGAUCUUCCAGGACUACUCCAUGAAGACGGAGAUCGUGGCGGCGGGAUCCUCCUUUGCGCGCCAGUCGCCGCUGAAGAAGCCUCCGCCGCGUGGGGAAGUGCUCAAGGAGGAGGAAGGCUUCAAGCGUUACGUCAAGGUCACCUACUUGGAUGAUGAUUUGCUCAUCCUUCGAGGCCGCGGCGCAUCGGAGGUCUAUCGGAAGGUGCCCUGA